AUGGCCGAGGCCGACGCCUUCAUCUUCGCGGCGCUGCAGCAGAGCGGCUGGUUGGAGCCGGCAGCGCAGGAGUCGUCCUGGACGGUGGCGGAGCUCUCGUCCGACGCGUUUAUCGUCGUCGUGCUCAAGUUCCUGACGCGUCUACAGGGCGCAGACGACAGCGCGACCUUCACUGUCCCGUCCGAAGACGCGCGGGCUCCUGUGGGCGUCGCGGCGAGGCACCGCGUGGGCUCCAAGCUCGCGAAUAUCCUCAAGGAGCUGGGGUAUGCUGGCGACUGCGGCUACAACCACUUUCUGUAUCCGAGUGAGAAGGAGACGCGGAACAUUUUGUCGUGGCUCGUGGGGAAGCUGCCCAGGUCGAAGCUGGAGGAAAAUGACGAAGAGGACAACAAGAGUGAAAUUUCGGGUAGAGUGGCGGCGGGGACUGAUUCUGCGGGGUGGCAGGACUCGGUCCUGGAGAAUGAGCGACUUAAGAGCAUUUUCUCGGGUUGGAAGCGCGAGAAGACGCUGCAUCUUUUCGACAACUUUCCUAGUGACUCGGUCAAGCCGGCGUCACUUUUGGAGGCUUUGGCCGCGGCGAAGCGUGGGUCUACUGUCCUGCUCCGAGAAGAAGAGUUUGAAGAGGAGGCUGAGACGGAAGAGGCUGGUGUUGCGUUGAAACGAGAUGAGAUCGAGGCCGCGCUUCAAGGUGCAGGAAGUGCUGGAGAAUCGGAGUUUCUCGCUCCUCAAGAAGCUGAGACGGAGGACGACAAGUUCGCGGCAAUUCAACCGCAGUCGUUCCUGGCGAAUGCACUUCCGGACGUACCGCUUACGUUGAAUUCGUCGGGCGGUGCUGUUGGUGCUGAAGCGGCUGUUGAAAGGGGCGCAUCAAUGGCGUCGUCGGCAGGGUCGAGCACCGUCGAUUCGAGCAGAGUGGAAGGAGAGAUGACCGGGCAGCAGCUAAGCGACGAGCAAUCUCUUGAGGAGGUGCAAAAGCAGGUUGACGAUACGGAGCGUCGUAUUACUGCCAUGCGCAAGGUGCUGGAUCGCGAGCGUGGCGAGCUCCAACAGGUCGAGCAGCAUGUCGUCGAAACCCAAGCCACUGGGCAGGAGAUACAGAAGCAAUUGGCCCGACAAAAGCAACUCGUCGCCAUGCUUCCUCAGGCCCAAGCCAAUAUUGCAAAGCUGGAGGCAAUCUGCCAGACAAAUGGAGAAAAGAAGGCGGAGCUAGCCCAGCAAAUGGAGAUCGCUCGUGGUCCUCUACUUAAAGAGUACGCCGAGUUCGAAGGGCAGAAAUCGAGUCGGAAGGCUCGGUGCCGACAGCUCAUCCGCGAGAUCAAGGCCUUCCGAGCUGAGAUGCAGGAGAUCACCGGCGUCAUUCACUCGAAGAUGGAGAGCAUGCGGGCGCUGGAGAAGAUUCAAGAGCGGCAAAUGACCAAGCUUGGCAAGAAGAAGAACGCUGAAGGUGGACCGAUGACACGCAACAUGUACACGUCGCGGAUCAUGGACAUCAUCAAGCAGGUCCACAAGCAGAAGCAAGACAUCGCCAAGAUCUUGGAUGACAUCAGGGGGCUUCAAAAGCAGCUGAACGCGGCGUCCGAGAAGUUGAAGCGGACUGAAGCCGUCGCAGAGGAGAAGCUCUUCAGCGCGGCGAGCAAGAGCAAAAGCUCCAUCAGCGCGAAGGCUGACGCGUACGUCGAGUGCUAUCGCAAGUUCGCGCAAGUGCGCGAGCUGUUCGAAGAGCUCAUUCUGGUCGUCGGGGACGUCGGGAAGAAGGAGAACGCAGCUCGCGACCUGCAGAACUGGAUCUCUCAGCUGGAGGCGCGUGACAGCAGCAACCACUUGGACAAGGUGCUUGCCGAUCUUGAGAGCGUCCGCCUCGAGAACGGCACGCUCCAGCAAGAGUUGCGUGCGCGAGUCGCGUAG